AUGUAUCAUCAACAACAUGUACAACUACUACUCCAACUGUUUGUCUUUCUCAUGAUCACAGUUACCAUCACGGUCAAUGGCCAAGAUAUGAUCACCACCGUGACGAUCUACGUCGAUCAAACAUCGACCAACACAUCAACAAUAUGUGGACUUGACUACCAAGAUCCAAACAUGGCAUGUCCCAACAUAACAUCUGCGAUCAACAGCUACCGAUCACUAUACCAACAACAACAACAACAACAGCCACUUCAAAACUCAGCAUUGAGCAUUGCGAUGGCAGGUGGUGUAUACCCUGCUCUCAAAGGCAACUCCAACCUCGAGCUACUCAACCUCAAUGUCACGAUUGGACCAUCGCCAUUCACCCAAGGCGACGUGACAAUCGACCUCGCCCAGAAUGCCACCUCCAACUACCUCUACUUCUUCAACCUCACGUCCCAGAGCCUUUGUAAUCCUCCGAUGAGCAUCACACUCAAUAGUCUAACGUUCACCAAUGGCACACAAGUAAUCAACUCGUUAGUGAACAACAUCAACAUCGUGCUGAACAACGUCACCUUCUAUGGUGUAGCGAUCAAUGGGACUAAUGUGAUCAAUGUCGCACCAUUCCCAACUCCAUGUACUGGUAGUCCAGGACCAUCACUCACAAUCAAUGGUGGAAGGAUGGUCAACUGUCAAUCCAAGGUAAAGUCUGGUGUGAUGCUCCAGACCGAAUGCGCGCUGACCCUCAAUCAAACCGAGUUCAUUGGAAACAGUGCGUUCACUCUCUGGUCGCACUACGAACAGCCAGUCUCAAUCGUUGACACAUCAUUCAUUGAAAACAUGGUCGAUACCCUGAUGUCGACUAAGGCCCUAGCGUCCACGACUCCUUUGUCAAUAGUCAACGCCUCGUUCAUUGGCAACAUGGGCUCGGGUGACACAUUUAUGUCAAUGCUCUCUCUAACCGGAGGCUUGAUCAAUAUCAAUAAUACUCUGUUCGACACCAACGACAACUUUGGAGUGUUGUUAUUAAUCAAAGGAGACAUGUACAAUAGCAAUGUGACCAUCGCCGACACGACAUUCACCAACUCGGCCCUCUCCCGCAGGCAGUCUACAAAUGGCAACAGCUUGGUAUCGAUUUCCUACACCAACUUGACGAUGGACCGCUGCACCUUUGUCAACAAUAACGUGCCAAAGUCGGAGCUGGCCAUAUCCCAGUCGACAAGUACACUGAACAACCUUGAGUUUGGAAGUGUGAGUGGACUGGAUGGCGGCGCCAUAAGGUGCCAAUCAGGACAUCUUACAAUGAACAACAUCAUCAAUCACAUUGGAAGUCGUAUAUUUGAUUGCCAUGCAUCACAGAGAUGUUCAUUGGAUGGCAAUCUUCAAGUGUGUCAAUUGAGUGGCGGAGCGAUCGCUGGCAUUGUCAUUGGAACUGUUGCUGGUGUGAUCAUUUUUAUAGUCAUCACAUACAUUGUCAUCAAGAAGCGUAAGAUGAGGAACCAAUACCUCACAAUACAA